AAUGUCAAUUAUUGUUAUUUUUGUUAAAGAAACUAAUCCUGAUGAAGUCAUACAUUAUUAGAGUCUAUUUCAUUAGAUUAAAUAAGUUAAAGGAUUAUAUUACAAUAAAAAUUUAAGAUUCUUGUGUUUAUUCAUUUUCCUUUAAAGAAAUGGAAUAGCUUUUAUGGAUAUAGCAGCACCUAUAGUAAUGAUAAGAGCAGGAAUGGAAAAGACAUUCAUAAGUUAAGCUUAAAUUAUAAUAUUCUGUUGCACUUUUUGGAUUCCUUUGAUUAUUGGUUACUUUAUAUCAGGCAAAAAGAAAGAGAAUGCCUUAGUUAUAAGUGCUUUGACUUAUUAAACAAUUAAUAUGGCUUUCUUUUUAUUAGAUUAUUAUGAAUAUCGAAAACAUCCAUUAACUGAAGGCACAAUUAAUUAAUUUUAAUACUUAUUUUGUUUCCAAUUAUUAGUACAUGAGUAUUUAUAUUGUUUGAAUAAAUAGAAUUUUUAAGAAAAUCUUUACUGUUUGUACUUUUUCAUUUGUUGCCGAAAUUGUUGAACCUUAAUUAGCAGGAAUGCAAAUAUCAAUUAUAAGUUCAUUACAUAAUGUAAGUAGAGUAAUCUUGGAUCCUUUGAUUCUACAAUCAACUGCAUAUUUUAAUAUAUAUGCUUUGGUUUUAAUAUGUGUGCUUUAUUAGAUUAUAGUAUUGAGAAGGUAUGGAGAUGAAUUCAAAAUCAAAUAAUUUAUAUCCAAAGAGAAUUGGACACUUCAUACACAAGACUCAAUUGAUGACUAUCAAGAAUUAAAAGAAUUUAAAGGAUUAAAUAAUCAAACAUGA